CUUCACGUAAUGCUCGUCUCUUCUGCAUCUUUCACACAUUCAGGUGAUUCACUCUUCCUCAAGAUCCGAAAAACCAGGGCCUAGUUUGUACAAAUAUACAAAUAUGAAGAUAUUGUGUGCUGAUGACUAAAGAAGACCAGCCUGUACACAAAAAUGAAGAGGAGACGACUUGAUGGUUUCCUCUUAGAGGUUUUAGUCCGCAUCGGACUUCUGCUUAUUUUUCUUGUGACCGAGCAGCUUCCUCCUUUUUCCCGUCAGAUUCAAGCAGAAGAAAUGUGGCUCUACAAAUUUCACCACGUUGAAGUAGACCAUGUCCCCACCUUGCAUAUGUUUAGUAUGGCUUGUUUCACCCCACUUCUUGUGAUCAUGACUUUCACAGUCAUGAAGAAGACUCAAAAGGGAGAUGUGAAAGAAUCUUGUCUUGCUCUGACUCUGACUCUGGUGUUAAAUGGUGUUUUCACAAAUGUUAUCAAGUUGAUUGUUGGCAGGCCACGACCAGACUUCUACUAUCGCUGUUUCCCAGAUGGAGUUGAGAAUCCAGAGCUGCGAUGCAGUGGCGACCCUGACACUGUUAUCGAGGGCAGGAAGAGUUUCCCCAGUGGACAUUCUUCAUUUGCGUUUGCAGGACUGGGGUUCACCUCUUUCUACAUCGCAGGAAAACUGCACUGCUUCACUCCAACAGGACAGGGCAGAUCAUGGCGUCUGUGUGCCUUCCUCACCCCUUUACUCUUGGCAACAAUGAUUGCCCUGUCCAGAACCUGUGACUACAAACACCACUGGCAAGAUGUUUUGGUUGGUUCGAUCCUGGGCCUUGCAUUUGCCUGGCUGUGCUAUAGACAGCACUACCCUGCUCUUCAGGAGCCUGACUGCCACAGGCCUCUGUGUCAAAGAGAAAAUGUACCAGCUGCACAGGAACGCAAGCUAACCAACUUCAGCUACACUCUGCCUCUGUAAAACCACUGCUGUGGAUAAUGUAUAUUUCUAUUUUUACGCAAUUCCUUUUUUUUUUUUCAAAUUUACACUGUUAAUACUGAUAAUUUUUUUCUGAACUGUACAAUGCACAGUAUGUAUAAAACAUCCAGGCUUAUUGAGUAAGUUAAUCAUUUCCAGACACCAUCAAUGCAAUGUUUUAAAAUCUUGCAAAUGUGCAAUUAGUGUUUUAUCCUUACAUGCAAACAGAAAAUGUACUUUUUAUGCUGGAUUAGGGAUCUGUUCUGAUUGUUAGAUCAAUGCCAGAUAUUGUGAACUGAACCCAAGUCCAAAAUCCAAGCUCUUAUGUUUAUGUAGCACUGUUUCAUGCAGUUACCUGUUCACAGGUGGUCAGCACAGCAGCCCUUGAUCUAGAUAACACUUGAGACUGUUUUUUUCUGAGCCAGGAAGAAAUUAUAAUUGAUUCGUAUUUGAUAUUGCUCUAUAUUGACAUAACAUAUUUUACAGGUCAAUGCAACUUUGCUGUGGUCAGUAUUUAAACAGGUAAAUUACAGAAAUUUCAGGCAAAGUAGUACAAAAAACAAAACAUUGUGCCUUUGUUUUCUACUUUGUUGUAAUACAUUGUUAUGAAGAGCACUGCAUGUUAGUGUAUGCUCUCUAACAUGUCUUGUUAUACAAAAUGAUGUUUAUUUUCUGUUUGUUUUUACAAAAAAAAAGAUGCACAAGGUUAUAAACAGGCAUGCUGCCUUUCUUUACCUCCUUACCUCUUUUCAUACCAUUUUGAAAUACGUGUGAAUGUUCGGUUUACAUACAUUUGUUUUUCUUUUUGGGAAAUGUUUCAUCUGUGUUAUGAUUUCAUAUAUCAUGCAUUUUCUUUUGUUUACAUAGGCCUAUGCCAUUUGAAAUGGGAUAACAUUGUUUUAUGGGUGAGGUUUGUGUUUUCGGGUCAUUGAUAUAAAGCUGCUUUUUCCUCACAAUGGUUUUUAUUUUCUUCCAACUAUUUCCAAUUAUUGAUCGAAUUUCUUAAUAAAGUCUUAAAUUAUUUCUUA